AUGGCGGUCGGGAAGGCGGGAGAGGAGAAGCCUGAAAAUCCGCAGCGAGCUGGAGCCGCCGGAGGACCUGAAGAAGAAGCAGAAAAACCUGUGAAAACUAAGACUGUUUCUUCCAGUAAUGGAGGGGAAAGUUCCAGUCGCAGCGCUGAGAAACGAUCAGCUGAAGAAGAAGCUGCAGACCUCCCAACAAAGCCUACAAAGAUCUCCAAGUUUGGAUUUGCCAUAGGUAGUCAGACAACAAAGAAAGCAUCAGCCAUAUCCAUCAAACUUGGAUCAAGUAAGCCUAAAGAAACUGUUCCAACUCUUGCUCCAAAAACCCUUUCAGUAGCAGCAGCUUUUAAUGAAGAUGAAGAUAGUGAACCAGAGGAAAUGCCUCCAGAAGCAAAGAUGAGGAUGAAGAAUAUUGGGAGGGAUACACCAACAUCAGCUGGACCAAACUCCUUCAAUAAAGGAAAGCAUGGGUUUUCUGAUAACCAGAAGCUAUGGGAAAGAAAUAUAAAAUCUCAUCUUGGAAAUGUCCAUGACCAAGACAAUUAAAUGAUGUGUUUUGAAAUUGGGGUGUGGGGUGGGUGUAAAGUUAAAAGGAACAGUUUCCUUUUUUAAAGAAUGGUAUAAGACUAUCUUUGGAG